CUGACCUGGGACACAGCAGCGAAAAGAAAUCUUGCGCGUUUUUCCUUUUUAUUGCAUUUAUUUUAUUCCCAGCCGGUCGACAUGAACAAACAAGGCAGAACUUCACAGAAGCCGAGCUCCGUGUUUAACGAGCUCCGUCUGGAGAGAAGAUUCUGUGACGCGGUCAUCAAAGUCCAGGAUGUCGAAUUUCAAAUUCACAAGAUCAUCCUGGCCAACUGCACCCCGUACUUCCAAGCUCUCUUCACGCGCUGGUCAGACCACAGCCAGAAGGUCUUCAUCAUACCUGGGCUGUCUCCUGACAUGAUGGAGCUCAUCAUUGAGUUCGCCUACACCGGCUCCGUCACCGUGACCGAGGCCAACGCGCAGGAGCUCAUGCUGGCGGCCGAGCAGCUCAACGUGGCGGCCGUCGCGCAAACCUGCUGCGACUUCUUCGUGGAGAACUUGUGCCCGGGGAACUGCAUCGGCAUCUGGAAGUUCACCAACAUCUGCGCCUCCCCCGAGCUGCAGCUGAGGGCCUUCUGCUACGUCAUCGAUCACUUCGAGGAGGUGGUUCCCUGUGAGGAGUUCCUGCAGCUCUCUGCGCAGGAACUGAACGACAUCCUCGGCAGAGAUAACCUCAAUGUGCAGAAGGAGAGCACAGUGUAUGAGGCCAUGCUCAGGUGGAUCCAACAUGAACCCAGAGAGCGAGAAUUAUACAUCGUUGCUCUCUUGUCUAAGGUCCGGCUGGGCCUGUUGAGCGCAGAGUACAUCAGCACCAACAUACUGUCCAUUGAGCUGGUGAAGAACAACCCUGAAUGCCUGCGCAUGUUCGCCGACGCCACCAAAAUCAUAUUCGUCCUCACUAGCGACUCCACCGUGACCCGCCUCUGUAACCCCUUCUCCCGGCCUCGCCUGCCCAACUCCAUCCUGUUGGCCAUCGGGGGCUGGAGCGGCGGUGAUCCAACCAACGGCAUGGAGGCGUAUGAUGUCCGGGCUGAUCGAUGGAUCAACGUAACCAACUCUCUGGAGCCGCCCCGCGCGUACCACGGCGCGGCCUUCCUCAACGGGUACGUCUACUGCGUCGGUGGCUUCGACAGAGUGGAGCACUUCAGCAGCACUCGCAGGUUUGACCUGAACACACGCACCUGGGGCGAGGUGGCACCGAUGCACUACCGCCGCUGCUACGUGAGCGUCGCUGUGCUGCACGGGUGCAUUUACGCGCUGGGAGGCUACAACGGACACGCCCGGCUCAGCACCGCAGAGUACUACCGGCCCGAGAUCAACCAGUGGAGCCUCAUUGCGCCAAUGCACGAGCAACGGAGCGACUCCAGCUGCACGACACUUCACAACAAGAUUUACAUUUGUGGUGGAUUCAAUGGAAACGAGUGUCUGCAAACAGCCGAGUGUUACAACCCGGCGACGAACCAGUGGACGAUGAUCCCGCUCAUGAACAGCCGGCGCAGCGGAUUAGGAGUCAUUGCAUAUGCAAAUCAGGUCUAUGCUGUCGGUGGCUUUGAUGGAACCAACCGCCUGCGCAGCGUCGAGGCCUACAACCUCCACACCAACACCUGGAACAACGUGACCCCCAUGGUGACUCCGCGCAGCAACUUUGGCAUCGAGGUGCUGGAGGGCCGCCUCUUCGCCGUCGGGGGCUUCAACGGCGUGACCACCACCUACGAUGUGGAGUGCUACGAGGCCACGGCCGAUCAGUGGACGGAGGUGUGUGACAUGGACAUCUACCGCAGCGCCCUGAGCUGCUGCGUCGUGUCCGGGAUCCCGAACUUGUCGGAGUACGCUGCCCCUCGUGAUGAUGUCCUGCUUCAACAUGUGCUGGGGGAGGAGGAGGAGGAGGAGGAGGGCGAUGGGGAGUUACUGGCCUCCGUCUAGGUCUCAGCACCGUCC